UUCAUCCUCGUGGCUUCCCUCUCUCGAUUUCCUCGCUCUUGGUUCCGGUAAUCGCUUGUUCUCGGGCGAGGGCUUGAUUCUUCAACGCCAAUAUUUCACCUUUGGAGUGAUUAUUGGUCAUGAAGCCCCUGGGAUGUUCUCUUCCCCUUCGUUUUUAGUUCUUAUAUUCUGGUUAAGGUUGCCCUGGGCGAUCUCGCGGCAGCAUUAGUUGAUUGAUGCGGCAGAAAGUUCAAGUGCGCCAGCGAUCCUUAUCUUUAAACGGACAGGCGAACCGACGGAAAUGUUCUUUUCUUCCGCUUGACACUACUCCAACAACAACAAAGCCUUUCAAUCCCAAAUAAGUUGGUGUAGGCUAGAGUUUUGCGGCUGCAAUAGCUACCUUCCACGCACCCUGUCCAAUGUUUGGUGAUAUUUCAGUCCUUCAGAUCUCUCAUUACGGACUUCUCUUAUGUCAAGUCUGGUCUAUCUUAUCUCUUUUGAUAUUAUCAGUAUGCCUUAACCAUUCACCAUGAACUGACGCUUCUGGAGGCCGGCAUUGUAUAUGCCCAAGCCAUUUCAGACGACGUUAGACAAGAUUGACAAUACUCCAAUCUAGCAAUUUUUUCCCUGAGGCAGCCCCUUAUUUUGCCAAGGAUGCCUUGCAAGAGCAACUCUAGCAGUGUUGCCAUAUUGACAGCCUCCAUAACCCAUUCGUCAAUGGGAUAUCUUUUUUUCCCAAUCCCUGAUACAUAUAUAUUCAGUUAAACCCGAGCAUGGCGACGAGGGCUUGGACAGCCAGUAGCAUGACAGCAAGGGCUUUACGACGGGGUACCGAGUGCGAUGGUGAUUUGGUCGCUGGCGACCCGUUUCCGGUACUGAUUUCAGCUUCAGGGCGUCAGUUCCGAUGGCGGCAACUCGAUUCCAAUGGUGAUGCUCGAAAUCUCCAUAGACUCCCCGCUUCUUAAAAUUUCAAACAUCAACGUCGAUUUCAUUCCUCCACGCUUCUCGCCAUAGAGUCGUCGAUUUCUUCCCAUCUGGUGGAAAAAUUAUGCUAACCAUUUUUGGGACACAUAUGGUGAUCCUUGUGGAAAUCCUUAUGUGUCUCCCAAAAUGGCUGAUAUAAAUUUUACCACCACUUCUCCUCUGUAGAAGUGCACGCUCUAGCCAAUGCAACCAAAAGAUCGAUCUGAUGGAAGAGACUAGACAGCACAUUAUACGUCAACACUCCUCCUCAUGUGUGGCUCCCUCAGGCCUAAACGUGGACCGAAAGUGGGCUGCAAUUUUAAUUGCGUCAGCCGGGUCUUGAACUCAAGACCUCUUGGCUCCGAUACCAUGUAGAAGUGCAUGCUCUAGCCAAUGCAACCAAAAGACCGAUCUGAUGGAAGAGACUAGGCAACACAUUAUACGUCAACAUCCUCCUCUGAGAACAGCACCUAGGCCGCCGGCUGUGAUAGUGGAGGUUGUGAUCGGCGAGAAGGGGAGUGGAGGCUGCGGGGCUUUUCAUAGCUGCGAGCGGCGGCAGUGGGAAAAGUUGCGGUAAAAUUGCCAUGAGCCAACGCGGGAGGUUGAGGAGGGAGGUGAAACUUCCCUCCCACAUGAGCGGAUGGCACGUGCUCCAAACCAACGUCCCCAGCCUAGUCAUAUUGGCGGUUAUUAUGCCAAUUGGCCCGAUACUGCUAGAGUUGCUCUAAGAGUAUGGAACGGAGGCCAUCAUCUAACAUCAUCUCCCCCCACCCGUCGCCCCCGCGCGGGUGACCGAGGGGUCCCAACCCUCCGCCGCCGGGCCCCUCCUCCUUCCCGCUCUCCCCUCCGCCGCCGCUGGUGGUCGGCGCCGGGCUAAGCCCGCGCGCGCGAUGGAGGCAGCAGAGGCAUCACCCUCUCACUCCGGGCUAGGGAUGUGCGGGAUCCCUGAUCUUGAGGAUGAGGCUCCGAUCUAUGGCAGCGGCGCCGAUCUGGUCCACGGCGGUCUUCAUGAGCGCGGCAGCGUGGCGGCCGGCCGCUUCCUAGGGGCGGCCGUGGCGGCAGCCUGGCGAUGCUCUGCCUAAUCUGGGGCGGAGGCUGGUGGAUCCGGGGCGACGACCCCUAGGCUGGCCUCCUUGUCCGGGCGCGGCGGGGCAGGUGGGCUGCCGGGAUCGGAUCGGGCGGCUGGUGAUCCUCCGGUAGUUUUCGCGACGUCAGAUCUGGUGGUUCCCCUCCCUUCUGUUGCCUCUCUCGUCGUCCCGGUGGUUUGCGGCUGUAGGCUCCGGUGAUGGUGAGCCCUGGUGGUGUACCUUGGGUCCGGGGGAAACCUUGGCCGGUCUGACCGGCCCAGCGGCGGCGGCGUCCAUGGGCGUCGCUUUCCUUCAUGAAGGUGCAACCGAUGGCCCAAUCUACCCACCCUGAUCUCAUGCCGGGUGAAAACCUACAAUCCUCUUCGGAUUUGGCGGCAGCGGCGCUUCACGUCGUGACCUUCCUGGAGGUGUCGUCAGGGGUCUUGGGGCUCGGUUGGGAGUGCAGAGGAACUGCAGGUGGAGGGGAUGGGACCAGUGGCAGCAGGUGGUGUUUGCGAAGGAGGUGGCGUUGCAUCUGACACGUCGACAAUGGCGGUUCCCAGCGGCAUGGAGCAACGGGGUCUCGCUGAUGGGCGUGUGUUGAUGGACGAGCGCAGGAUGGCGGCGUUGUCUUGCAUCGUGGCGGCGUUGACGGCAGCUAGACCGGGCAAGGUUGAUGCGUCAGUACAACUCUAAAGAUGGAUUGAUGGCAGUUGGCGGCGGCGGCCUCUGAGUGUGCGCCGGACCGGUGGGUGCCCCAUACCCGGCAGGUGGCUUGGUUGGGGCCUCAGGUCUUAGAUGUUAGAUUUGGUUGCGAGGUCUGUUUGGUAUUAGGCCCAGACUAUCAGCAUCCCUUCAUCAACUGGAGUAGCGACAGAUUUUGCCUAGACGGUGGCUUCAGUCUUACUGAUGUAUUACUUUGUAAGAUCUUUUGUGAAUAAUUAGUAAAGUGGCUGGAUGCAUCGCCCAGAUGCAGAGGCCGGGGGUCUUCCUCCUUUUUCAAAAAAAAGAGUAUGGAAUGGUGGACUAGUAUUUUUAUUUACAGUGCAAAAUAAAGUCCAUGAUGAAGUGCACGCCUUAUUUUAUUUCUUUCACUUGGGGUGUGAGGCAGAAAGGGAGUGUGGUUUAGGGUUUUAGGAAAGAACAACAGCCGCCACUUGAGAAAUUUGAGUCCCCUCGCCUCCGGCUGCCAUCUUGGCCUCAGAGUUUUGUGGCUGCCAUCUUGGCAUUGAGAGAUGGCGGGACCUCAGCUCCGUAGUUUUGUGGUCUUUGUUAGGGUCUCUCUAGUGGUAGAUGUGGUGUUUUUGUGAAUAAAGGUACCGUGGUUCUUUCUCUAUCGUGGUGGUGCCAUGUGAUGAGUUUAUGUUAUUGUUUUGUGUUGUUUUUGUUGGCUUUCUUUCUAGAGUCGGAGCCCUUCCUUGACGUUCUGGCAAAGAUCUUACAAUUCGAAAACCUGCACCUUUUUUUAGAUUGACAACCUGCACUUCUAGGGGAUCAUCCAGGCCCAAAUUGUCACGCCUGCAGAUCAGCCUGCAGCGGACUGAUGAGUGCAAGUGCAGCGCCUUCACUUGCAACGACCAGGUCACCGUAGAGGUUGGGUUGGGACCCACUGCCAAGUGUAUGCGUGUGUGCUACGCCAGUUGUAAGCGUGCAUGCUACGCCAGCUGUGGCUUAUUUGUAACCGGGCGACUGGACAGAGAAGGCAUCGAAAAAGUGAUGAACUACUUUCCCCUUCCUCACGUCUCUCUUGCUCUCACCUAACCAGCUUCUUCCUCACCCCGAUCCCCUUUCCCUACUCAAUCUCCUCUCGAUUGGGUCGUGGAAUCUGGUAUUCAGAGCCCAAAUUUUUCCCACCACCGCCGUUUGCUCGAGAUCGAUCGGUAACAUCCACUGGGUCAGGUGUGAGCCGCUCCGGUGAGCUCGCACAAAAUCCUGCCCGGGGUUCGAUCCGAUCUAGCACGAAACCACGGCACCGCCAUCCAAGCCCUCGGCGCAGACCCACCGCGUGCUCGACGCCAUGUCGGAGACCACGAACAAGUUGCAGAACUUGCUCGAGUCCGUAAUCCGCCGCCUCGAUGCAAAUCAGAAGACCGCCCACGAGUGUCACCAAGCUCAGAUCGCCUACAACGACCAGGUCUCGGCCGAGAUCAAGCUCCUCUCCAAGCAGAUCGACCUCACACAAGCCGACAUGGACGAGGCCCGCAAGGCUGCGCCGACCGUCGACCCCGCGGCGACCAUCUCCGGAGGCGCGUCUCCAUGGGGCGUCACGGCAACCGCGGACUCCUUCGCGCACCGCCCACCGCCUCCGCCACCGCCACCACCGAUUCGUCCUCCUCCGCUGCCACUCUACACGGAUGGCGCGGCCCAGCUGUCGUUCGCCCGCCUCGUCAACCACGGACCACCGUUGCUCACCGCGCGGUCACCCUCGUCCUCGGAGAUCGAUUGCCACGGCGACCACUACAUCAAGCCGCCCAAACAUGAUUUUCCGCGGUUUGACGGCAACGCCCCUCGCAUCUGGCUGGACCGCUGCACCACCUACUUCGAGCUGUACCGCGUGCCGCAACACAGCUGGGUCACCACCGCGGCGCUGUACAUGGACGGCCUGGCCGCGAUGUGGCUCCAGGCCUAUCGACAGACACACCCAGGGGUCAAUUGGCAAGCAUUCAGAGCUGCAGUACAGGAGGAAUUCGGUCCAGAGGAAUUCGAGGUUCAGAUGCACCACUUUGUUCAGUUACGAUAUACGGGCAGUGUUCAGGAAUAUCGCCAGCAAUUCGAGACAGCGAUGUACCAUUUGGUGGCCUUGGACCCAACGCUGAGCUCCAAAUUCUUCAUAUCUCAGUUCCUGAUCGGUCUCAAAGACGAGCUGCGACUGGGAGUUCGACUGCAAGCACCAACCAGCAUCACUCGCGCCGCCGUGUUCGCCCGCAUUUAGGAGGAAGAACCGGAGAAGCAGUGCACCGCGCGUCCGCGCAUCACACCAGUUGGGCGACCGCCACCACCUGCACCACCAGCAGCCACUGUUCCAGCUCGCGCUGCAGCCUCACCACGGCAAGGGGGCGAUGACUAUGCACGGGAGCGCCAGCUGCGCGGGUUCAGAAGAGCGAACGGUCUCUGUUUUCGCUGCGGGGACAAAUACUCGAGGGAGCAUCAGUGCAAACGCACCGGCCAGAUCUUGAUGAUCGAGGUAGGCGACUUUGGAGAGAUCCUGUCUGACGACACAGUCCACGCUCUGCAACUGCUUGAUGCACCUGAAGCUCAAGAACCGGAAUGCUGUUCUUUAUCGCAACAAGCAAUCUCUGGGGAGGAAACACCAUCCACAAUUUGUCUCCGCGCUCAAGUUGGGGACCAAAUCAUGCUGCUCUUGGUCGAUUCUGGGAGCACACACAAUUUCAUCAGUGAAACAUUUCUCUCUCGCCUGAAAGUUUAGACAGAACACCUGCCCCCGGUUUCAGUUCGAGUGGCAAAUGGGCAACGGCUGCGGUGCACACAAAUUGUGCGUGGAUUAGAGUGGGACGUACCUGGACACACCUUCCACACGGAUCUUCGAGUACUUCCAUUGGAUGCAUAUGAUGGCGUGCUGGGCAUCGAUUGGUUAUCAGCUCACAGUCCCAUGAACUGCCACUGGCAACACAAGACCAUAUCGUUCGAAACCAUGGGCAAGCAAGUACACCUGCAGGGGGUCCGUACCACUGACUUGCCACCAAUUCCAGAGCUGGAUGCUUAUGAGUGCACAUAAUGGAAGUUGCAAAUGAUAUCUGGACUGCAGCCUUAGUUACAGUGGAAACAGUGGACAAACCAGAACCUGAACCAGUCCCUGCUAGUAUUUAGAAACUCUUAUCUGAAAAUGAGGAUGUGUUCUCUGAACCUAAAACCCUGCCGCCCAAGAGACAGUACGGUCAUGCCAUCAACCUGGAGCCGGGCACUACCCCAAUUAACACCAGGCACUACCGAUAUUCCCCAGCUCAGAAAGACGAAAUAGAGAAGCAAGUACAGGAGAUGCUGCAAUCAGGAGUGAUCGCGCACAGCCUGAGCCCGUAUGCCGCACCAGUUCUGGUAGUCAAGAAGAAGGACGGCAGUUGGCGUUUUUGCGUUGAUUUCCGGCGUCUGAACAUUGCUACUGUCAAGAACAAGUUCCCGCUACCGGUGGUCGACGAACUGCUCGAUGAACUGGGAGGUGCAGCAUACUUUUCCAUGAUUGAUCUACGCGCCGGCUACCAUCAGAUUCGCAUGCGCGAGGAGGACGAGGAAAAGACUGCAUUCAAAACGCACCAUGGGCAUUAUCACUUCAGGGUGAUGCCGUUCGGCCUCUGCAACGCGCCUGCGACGUUUCAGUGCCUCAUGAACUC